AUGGCAGAGCAGUUUACAAUUCGCGUGAAAAAAUACAUGAGCAACCCCUUACUGCGUAGGAAGCAGUUUGCUUUGGAAAUACUGCAUCCAAACAAAGGAACAGUUUCGAAAAAGGAUGUGAAAGAAAGAUUAGCAAAAAUGUAUAAGCUGAAUAAUGUAAACACUAUUGUAUUGUUCGGUUUUAAAGUUUUAUUUGGGGGUGGAAGAACCAAAGGAUUUGGGUUGAUUUACAAUAGUGUUGAUGCCGUUAAAAAAUUUGAAAAGAAAUACAGACAAAUAAGGGAAGGAUUAAUAACGAAAGAAAACAAACCUGGAAGGAGAGCAGCAAAGGAAUUAAAGAACAGAAGAAAGAAGGUACGCGGUACGGCAAAAACAAAAGUGUCAGGAGCGAAGAAAAAGUAA